UUGCCUUGGUGUUUAUAUAUUGUAAUUGUGGCAGCACUGUGUGCUUUAAACAAAAGUGCAUACAAAUUGUACCGUGUUGCUGUCGGACGGAUCAGAGAUCAAGAAAAGACAAUUAUUUUCCAGUUAGCUUUUGACAUGAUUUUACGAUAUUUCCCUCUAUCAUAGCAGUAUAAUAAAGGAUUUCGCAAUCUUGUCAGUCAAUUGCAGUUGAAAGUGCAUAUUCCUAACGUAAUAAAUAAAUGUAAAUAAGCGCUAUUUCUAAUAAAAGGUCUGCCAUGAUGAAUUGAAGCGUACGCGAAUAUUCUAUCAAAUUUGUAUUAGAAUAAUUGCGGGUGAUUGUUUGUGGGCGAACGGUAACAAUUAAUUUCUCUAAAUAACGAGUUUAGCGAUUUUUGUAAAAAUAAUAAGGGCGGUUAGUCACAGCAACGGUGAAAAUUCAACUUGACGUGUUAAAGUUAAAUGGCUAACGUAUGCACCUUCCAUAGUACCUACAUUGUUAGAAAUUUCUAUCGAUACGUUUCUGGUAUCCGCUGUGAACGCAUUUAAUUGAUUUGAUUGCGAAAUGUUAAACAAAAAGUCGAGCGACUGCAAUUGAUAUGGGAGUGUCAUGUCCGUGUAAAAUUUAAAUCUUUAUUGUCAUCUUCAUGUUAACCUUGAUAAAAUGAGGUAGUUGUUAAUGCCCUUUCCUUCACUUAUCAAUUUCCCAUCAGGAUGGUGGUAGAUGUAUCCACAAUAAACAACAAAAUGCAACCCACCGGUAUGUCACCCCGAGAGCUGUCCGAGUUUGACGAUCUGGCCACAUCAUUAGUUCUCGAUCCGCAUUUGGGAUUCACGACGCAUAAAAUGAAUAUUCGAUAUAGACCCUUAAAGACGAACAUAAACGAGCUUCGCAACAUCGUCGAGCAGUUCAUAAAUUUACAGAGCUACGAAAAGACCUACAAGCAAAUUUUGGCCGGCGAUUGGAUGCCACGACCCAAGUCGAAACAGCAACAGAAAAGGUUACAGGAGCAU